CGACGCCGCCGGUCCGCCAUCCGGCCGGGUCCUAGAGCUGUGUCAGACCGCGGGGCCGCGAUGGCGUCCUAUUUCGACGAGCACGAUUGUGAGCCGCUGAACCGCGAGCACGGAACCCAGACCAACGUGCUGCUGGAGCUGGCGAGGUCACUUUUCAGUAGCAUGGACUUCCAAGAUCUGGGAUUGGUCGUGGACUGGGAUCACCAUCUGCCUCCGCCGGCUGCCAAGACUGCGGUGGAGAGCCUGCCCAGGACGGUCAUCAGGGGCUCUCAGGCUGAGCUGAAGUGCCCCGUGUGUCUUUUGGAAUUUGAGGAGGAGGAGACGGUCAUUGAGAUGCCUUGUCAUCAUCUCUUCCAUUCCAACUGCAUUCUGCCCUGGCUGAGCAAGACAAAUUCCUGCCCCCUGUGCCGCCAUGAGCUGCCCACCGAUGACAACACUUAUGAGGAACACAGACGAGAUAAGGCUCGAAAGGAGCAGCAGCGCCACCGGCUGGAGAACCUCCAUGGAGCCAUGUACACGUGAGGCAGAUGGGGCUGAGUGCUGGCCCUCUACCACAUCUCACUCUUAUGCCUUAAAGCUUCAUUAAAGGUUUCUUCAUCCAC